GGGGUUUCCGUCUUCUUCGUGCCAGUCUUACCCCUCUUAAUACCAAUUUUCUAGGGUUUAUACAAUUUUCGAUGGCUUCUUCAGAUGUUGAGUACCGUUGCUUUGUCGGUGGGCUCGCUUGGGCCACUGACGACCAAGCUCUCGAGAGAGCCUUCUCUCAGUACGGCGAAAUCGUUGAAACGAAGAUUAUCAACGAUCGUGAGACUGGAAGAUCCAGGGGUUUUGGAUUUGUGACCUUCGCCUCGGAGCAGUCCAUGAAAGACGCCAUCGAAGGGAUGAACGGCCAAAACCUUGACGGCCGUAACAUCACUGUUAACGAAGCUCAGUCCCGUGGUGGCGGUGGCGGCGGAGGCGGUGGAGGUGGUGGAUAUGGUGGUGGUCGCGGUGGUGGAUAUGGUGGUGGUGGUCGCGGUGGUGGAGGGGGAUACAACCGUAGCGGUGGCGGUGGAGGCUAUGGCGGCGGCGGUGGAUAUGGCGGUGGCGGUGGCGGUGGCUAUGGCGGUGGCAGAGACCGUGGUUAUGGUGGUGGUGGUGACCGUGGUUACUCUCGUGGUGGUGACGGUGGUGAUGGAGGCUGGAGAAACUAGGGCUUGAUGUCGUUGAUUAGGGUUUAUGAUUAUGCUCAGUAAUUUUAGUUGUGUUUGAGUUUGAGUAUCUUUAUGGUUUUGUGUCACCGUGGUUCUUGUUUUUGACCAAUAUAUCUGGUUGUUUAUAGUCGAUUUAAUGAAAUGAUAAUCAGAAAUUGGAGUAUCGAAGUUCUAA